AUGGCAAAGGACACAUACUUGAAAAAGGUCCUAGGCGACUCAGCAUUCACCAAAAUCAGCAAUGUCAAAGUCCUCUUGAUUGGAGCAGGCGGCGUAGGGUCGGAGAUUCUCAAGGAUUUAGUAUUGACAGGCUACAAUGAAAUCCACAUCGUGGACUUGGACACCAUCACGCUAUCCAACUUGAACCGUCAAUUCCUCUUCCGCCAAGCCGACAUCGAUAAAUCCAAAGCGUAUACCGUGGCGAAAGCCGUUGAGUCGUUCAACUACCAGAAGGUGAAGCUUGUGCCUCACCAUGGCUCCAUUAUGGACUCGCAGCAGUUCCCCUUGCACUGGUGGGAACAGUUUGACUUUGUCUUUAAUGCGUUGGAUAACGUUGAAGCGAGACGAUACGUGAGCCGGACGUUAUUCUUCUUGAGAAAGCCAUCGAUGGAGAGCGGCACUCGAGGUUACAACGGCCAAGCGUAUCCGAUAUUCCCCUAUUACAGCGAAUGUUACGAGUGUCGUAAAGCUGAGACUCCAAAGACCUACGCGGUGUGCACCAUUAGAUCUACGCCUUCGGAGCCGGUGCAUUGCAUCACGUGGGCCAAGGAGUUUUUGUUUCGACAAUUAUUUGAUGAUGAAGCUGAAGCUGAAGCGAAUGACUCCAUGAAGGACGCCGAAGCCAUCGCGCGAGACGCGGAGAGUGCCGAGCAGGCGGAAAAUCUAGUCAAAGAGGCUAAUGAGCUUGCGGAAUUGCGCCAGAUGGUGCACAACACAGAGGCAGAAAGUGGCGAGGUUAUGCUCAGCGUGUUGAAGAAGAUUUUCACCGUUGACAUUGAGCGGUUGUUGCGGAUUGAUGCGCUUUGGAAAUCGAGACGAAAGCCGCAGCCACUCGAUCUCGAGUCGUUGGAAAAGGGGUUGCAUGCAUUAUUGGCUGCUGAUGAUGGUGGUGGUGCCAAUGAGUCCGCUAUAAUCCAAGCCGAGACAAAAGACUGGACGGUUCUUGAAAAUGUCUAUGUCUUGUAUAAAGCAGGUGCAAAUUUGCAAGAGCGUUUGACGACAAAGAAGGAGCCCUUUGUGUCCUUUGAUAAAGACGACGAGGACGCCAUGAAUUUCGUUACUGCUGCCUCGAAUUUGAGGUCCAACAUUUUCCAUAUCCCCAUGAAAUCCAAGUUUGAAGUCAAGGAGAUUGCCGGAAGUAUAGUUCCGGCCAUCGCCACCACCAAUGCCAUGAUUGCUGGCUUUGCCGCGGCAAAAGCAGGCGACUAUUUCAAGCUUGACGUGCACGAUGCUGAUUUCCGAGAAGUGGCGGGGAAAUCGUAUGCCACGAUCGUGGUAUUCAGGCCCAAUGAUUACGUUGCAUCGGCAGAGUUGGGAAGACCAAACAAACAGUGUCCCAAUGAUGGUAUUUCGUCGAGGGGAAUCUUUUGUGUCAGUGCAAAAGAUUUUGCAAACGAGACUCUUGGUUGGUUGAUUGAAAAGUUGGUUAAAAAGUACAGCUUUAGCAAGGAGUUUGUUUCCAUACAAGUGGGCAAAUCCAACUUGGUCUACGAUGGGGAGUUUGACGAGUAUUAUGAGACCAAGUUGAAUAAAGUCCCCGGAUUCAGAGAUCAAGAAGUGGUGCUAAUUCAAGAUGACGAGGAUCGGUUGGAGAAUCUUGAGUUGUACUUGACUGUGGAUGAUGAUGUUGAUGCUGAAACGAAAUUGCCGCAGUUGAAACUUCGUCCCAAGCAAAUCGAGGGCAAGUCCGGAGAUCAAGACGGCGAUGAUGAUGAUGAUGAGGAUGAGUUUAUCAUUGAACAAGGUGUUGAUGUUAUUGCUGAUGACGAUGAUGAUCUUGUAAUAGUCAGCGAAGAGGAAGCUACCCGGCACGCAAAUGAGAACGACGAAGCAGAUCUUGAACCGAAACUGAAAAAGAGAAGAGUUCAAUAG